UAAUGAUCAAAAGUGGCCGAAUGACGUGUUACGGUUGUAGCAUGGUUGUAGCAUUUGCCGGCUAUUUAUUAGUUGAGAUACAUAAUAAAUUUCAAUAAUAGAUCUUAUAGUGUAUAUAUUCGAUUAAGAGUUGAAACUUUUUAUUAUAAUUCUUUUCUUAGAAAGUUUACUGUGUUUCGUAAUGUGGAAUUCCUGUAAGAUAUUAUAACCUCAAAAUAUCUUUUACAUAGAUAAUUAUUUAAAAGUACUGUAAACGUGGAAGUUUUAUCAAGAGCCUUGUUAAAAAUGUCUGCAUCCGUGAAAAAGCAGCAACUUUCUUUUCAAAUACCCUCUGCGGUUAAAGUUAAAAAUGUAGAAAAGCAAGAAACUCUUUUGACUUUAUCAAUUCUAACAUUGGCAGCAAUUUUGUCAUUUGCUACACGUCUUUUCUCCGUGUUAAGAUUUGAAAGCGUUAUUCACGAAUUUGAUCCUUAUUUUAAUUAUCGAACCACGAAGUACUUAGUUGAAAAUGGUUUUUACUCUUUUCACAACUGGUUUGAUGAUAGGGCAUGGUACCCUUUAGGACGUAUUAUAGGAGGUACAAUUUAUCCAGGUCUUAUGGUAACAUCGUCUGUGAUAUACCACCUCUGUUGGUUACUGAAUAUUACUAUUGAUAUCCGAAAUGUUUGCGUAUUUUUGGCACCUUUGUUUUCUUCAUUCACCACAAUUAUCACAUAUCUAUUAACUAAAGAACUAUAUACACCAGGUGCAGGCCUCGUUGCUGCUGCUAUGGUGGCCAUUGUACCUGGAUAUAUAAGUAGAUCAGUUGCAGGAAGUUAUGACAAUGAAGGUAUUGCCAUUUUCUGCAUGCUACUGACCUAUUUUAUGUGGAUUAAGGCUGUUAAAACUGGGACAAUAUUUUGGGGGACUUUGGCAGCGUUAGCUUACUUUUACAUGGUUUCCUCAUGGGGUGGUUAUGUGUUCCUUAUCAACUUAAUACCUUUGCAUGUGCUUGUUUUAAUGAUAACUGGUCGGUUUUCUCAUCGGAUUUACAUUGCAUAUAGCACUUUGUAUUGUGUGGGAACAAUACUAUCUAUGCAAAUUUCUUUUGUUGGCUUCCAACCCGUUCAAAGUUCCGAGCACAUGCUGGCUUUGGGGGUUUUCGGCCUGUGUCAAAUUCAUGCAUUUGUGGAUUAUUUACGUAGUAAAUUGACUCAGGACGAGUUUAACACAUUAUUUACGGCUCUCGCUUACUCUUUUGGUAUUGCAUUGGCCAUAUUCUUGGGUUUAUUGACGUUUUCUGGAAAAAUUUCGCCAUGGACGGGACGAUUUUAUUCUCUAUUGGAUCCUUCGUAUGCUAAAAAUCAUAUUCCAAUCAUUGCAAGUGUCUCUGAACAUCAGCCUACAUCUUGGAGUUCGUUCUACUUUGAUUUACAGAUUUUGGUCUCCCUGUUUCCUGCAGGGCUGUACUUCUGUUUUGCUAACUUAACAGACGCGAAUAUAUUUUUGAUUUUGUACGGAAUUACCAGCAUCUAUUUUGCGGGGGUGAUGGUUCGUCUAAUGCUGGUCCUUGCACCGGUGAUGUGCAUGUUGGGUGGCAUAGCGAUUUCACAUUUGCUCUCUAAAUUUAUGAAGAAUGUGGAUAAUUCGAAACCUGCGGAGCAAGGCAAGAAAAAAGCGAAAUUGGAAUCGAAUCAUGUGUUAAAGUCGGAAAUUGCCACCUUCUUCGUGGGGUUGGUAGCCGUAUUGCUAAUUUCUUAUACUUUCCAUUGUACCUGGGUUACUUCGGAAGCAUACAGCUCCCCUAGUAUCGUUUUGAGCGCUCGUUCUCACGAUGGAGGUAGAAUAAUAUUUGAUGAUUUUCGUGAAGCUUAUAACUGGUUAAAGAUGAACACUCCAGAAGAUGCGAGGAUCAUGUCUUGGUGGGAUUAUGGCUAUCAGAUCACUGCUAUGGCGAAUAGAACAAUUUUAGUUGAUAAUAAUACUUGGAAUAACACUCAUAUUAGUAGGGUUGGACAGGCGAUGGCCAGUACCGAAGAAAAAGCAUAUGAAAUUAUGAGAGAACUUGAUGUUGAUUAUGUUUUGGUAAUUUUUGGGGGUUUGACCGGUUAUUCCUCUGAUGAUAUUAACAAGUUCUUGUGGAUGGUGAGAAUAGGUGGUAGUACAGAUAGGGGUGCUCAUAUCAAAGAAUGGGAUUAUUAUUCGUCAACUGGAGAAUUUAGAAUCGAUAAAGAAGGUUCUCCAACCCUUUUGAAUUGUUUAAUGUAUAAAAUGUGUUAUUAUCGUUUUGGAAAUGUCUACAGUGAAGGAGGGAAACCACCCGGUUAUGAUAGGGUCAGAGGAGCUGAAAUAGGAAACAAAGAUUUUGAAUUGGACGUGUUGGAGGAGGCCUACACAACAGAACAUUGGCUUGUGCGAAUAUAUAAAGUGAAAGACCUACCAAACAGAGGGAUGUAAUUUUUCUUGUGUUACUUUUAGUGGUCAUUCAUUUAAAUCCGUCUUUUUUGUACACAAUUUAAUUAAUAAAAAAUAAAUAAAUA